AUGAUUUUACCUAUUUCUAUUAAUCCUAAAGAAGAUUCAGUGUAGCAUGAUUAGGGCAGUAAAUUGUUUAAAGAUAUUUAGGUGAUGAAUUAUCAGAUUUGAAGCUACAUCAAGAAGCAUCUUAGAAUGAAGCAAUUACUAUUUACCCAAGCAAUGUUGAUGCAUAGAUUGGUAAGGGUAAUUUAUUGUUAAAUGUCAACAUUUAGGUAUUGCAUUAGCUGAUUUGAAAUAGUGCUAAGAAGUAAUUUAAUGCUAUGAUGAACCAAUGCUUAUUAGCCCUGAAUAAGUUGAUGUAUGGAAUAGCAAAGGUAAUUUAUUGUUGAAUAUUAUAUUAAUUAGGUGAUGCAUUAUAUAAUUUGAAUCAAUACUAAGAAGCAAUUGAAUGUUACAAUUAAGCAAUAUCUAUAAAUCCUAAAUAUGCUCAUGCAUGGUAAAAUAAAGGUAAUUAAAUGUUAAAUAUUAAUAUAUUUAUAGGUAAUGCAUUAACCAAAUUGAAUCAAUAUCAGGAAGCAAUUAAUUGUUACGACAAAGCUAUUUCUAUUAAUCCGAAAUAUGAUCCUGCAUAAAAUGGAAAGGGUAGUUAGUUGUUUAAUAGGAGUAUUUAGGUUAUGCAUUAAAAAAAUUGAAUCAAAAUCAAGAUGCAAUUUCAUGUUUCGAUGCGGCUGUUUCAAUUAACCCUAAAUUUGAUAGUGCAUGGUGUAACAAAGGUAAUUACUAAUUAAAUAUUCAUAUUUAGGUGAUGCAUUAUAUAAUUUGAAUCAAUAUCAAGAAGCAAUUUAAUGUUAUGAUUAAGCUGUUUCUAUUAACCCUAACUUUGAUAAUGCAUGGAAUGGCAAGGGUAAAUUAUUGUUAAAUAUUAAUAUUUAGGUGAUGCAUUAUAUCAUUUGAAUCAAUAUGAAGAAGCAAUUAAAUGUUAAACCGAAGCAAUAUAUAUUAACCCUAAAAAUGUUGAUGCAUGGAAUAGCAAGGGUAAUGUAUUUUUAAAUGUAAAUAUAUAGGUAAUGCAUUAUUCUAUUUAAAUCAAUACUAAGACUCAAUUGAAUGUUAUAAUGAAGCAAUAUCUAUAAAUUCUUAAACAGAUUAUGCAUGGUAUAAAAAGGGUAAUUAAUUGUUAAUUAUUAAUAUACAUAUAGGGAAUGCAUUAUUCGAAUUAAAUUAAUACUAAGACUCAAUUAAAUGUUACAAUGAAGCAAUAUCUAUUAGCCCAAAUUAAACUAAAGCAUGGUAUAGUAAGGGUAAUAUUAUUGUUAAUUAUUACUUUUUAGGUCUUGCAUUAUGUAAUUUAAAUCAAUACGAAGAAUCAAUUGCAUGUUACAAUUAAGCAAUAUCUAUUAACCCUAAAGGUAUUGAUAUAUGGAAUGACAAGGGUAAUGUAUUUUUUAAUGUUAAUAUAUAGGUAAUGCCUUAGAAACUUUGAAUCAACAUGAAUAAGCAAUUGAAUGUUACAAUGAAGCAAUAUCUAUUAACCCAAAAUAUACUAAAACAUGGUAUAAUAAGGGUAAUAUUAUUGUAAUUAUUACUUGUUAGGUCUCGCAUUAUUUAAAUUUAAUUAAUACCAAGAAGCAAUUAAAUGUUUCAAUGAAGCAAUAUUUAUUAACCCUAAUUAUAUUGGCGCAUAAUUUAAAAAGGGUAAUAUUAUUAUUAAAUAAUUAUUUAUAGGUAUUGCAUUAUUCGAGUUGAAAUAAUAUGAAGAAGCAAUUAAAUGUUUUAAUGAGGAAAUAUCUAUUAACCCUAAAGAUGUUGUUACAUUGAAUUGCAAGGGUAAAUUUAUGCAAAAUAAUUAUAUAUAGGUCUUACAUUAUUCUUUUUGAAAUAAUAUGAAGAUGCAAUUAAAUACUACAAUGAAGCAAUAUUUAUUAACCCUUAGUUUGCUAAUUCAUGGUAUUACAAGGGUAAUAUUUAUAGUAAAACUAUUAUAUGUAGGUCUCGCAUUAUAUCAAUUGAAAUAAUAUUAAGAAGCAAUUAUAUGUUGCAAUGAAGCAUUAUCUAUUAACCCUAAAGACGAUUAAACAUGGGUUUGCAAGGGUAUUUAUUGUUAAACAUUAAUUUAUAGGUAUUGCAUUAUUCAAUUUAAAACAAUACUAAGAUUCAAUCGAAUGUUAUAAUGAGGCAAUAUCUAUAAAUUCUUCAGAUGCUAAAAUAUGGUACAACAAGGGUAAUUUAUUGUAAAUAUAUAUAUAUAGGUAAUGCAUUAUGCAAUUUAAAUUAUUACUAAGACUCAAUUGAAUGUUACAAUGAAGCAAUAUCUAUUAACCCUAAAGACGAUUAAACAUGGGUUUGCAAGGGUAUUUAUUGUUAAACAUUAAUUUAUAGGUAUUGCAUUAUUCAAUUUAAAACAAUACUAAGAUUCAAUCGAAUGUUANGUAAUGCAUUAUUCAAUUUAAAACAAUACUAAGAUUCAAUUGAAUGUUACAAUAAAGCAAUAUCUAUUAACCCUAAAGACGAUUAAACAUGGGUUUGCAAGGGUAUUUAUUGUUAAACAUUAAUUUAUAGGUAAUGCAUUAUUCAAUUUAAAACAAUACUAAGAUUCAAUUGAAUGUUACAAUAAAGCAAUAUCUAUUAACCCUAAAGACGAUUAAACAUGGGUUUGCAAGGGUAUUUAUUGUUAAACAUUAAUUUAUAGGUAAUGCAUUAUUCAAUUUAAAACAAUACUAAGAUUCAAUUGAAUGUUACAAUAAAGCAAUAUCUAUUAACCCUAAAGACGAUUAAACAUGGGUUUGCAAGGGUAUUUAUUGUUAAACAUUAAUUUAUAGGUAAUGCAUUAUUCAAUUUAAAACAAUACUAAGAUUCAAUUGAAUGUUACAAUAAAGCAAUAUCUAUUAACCCUAAAGACGAUUAAACAUGGGUUUGCAAGGGUAUUUAUUGUUAAACAUUAAUUUAUAGGUAAUGCAUUAUUCAAUUUAAAACAAUACUAAGAUUCAAUUGAAUGUUACAAUAAAGCAAUAUCUAUUAACCCUAAAGACGAUUAAACAUGGGUUUGCAAGGGUAUUUAUUGUUAAACAUUAAUUUAUAGGUAAUGCAUUAUUCAAUUUAAAACAAUACUAAGAUUCAAUUGAAUGUUACAAUAAAGCAAUAUCUAUUAACCCUAAAGACGAUUAAACAUGGGUUUGCAAGGGUAUUUAUUGUUAAACAUUAAUUUAUAGGUAAUGCAUUAUUCAAUUUAAAACAAUACUAAGAUUCAAUUGAAUGUUACAAUAAAGCAAUAUCUAUUAACCCUAAAGACGAUUAAACAUGGGUUUGCAAGGGUAUUUAUUGUUAAACAUUAAUUUAUAGGUAAUGCAUUAUUCAAUUUAAAACAAUACUAAGAUUCAAUUGAAUGUUACAAUAAAGCAAUAUCUAUUAACCCUAAAGACGAUUAAACAUGGGUUUGCAAGGGUAUUUAUUGUUAAACAUUAAUUUAUAGGUAAUGCAUUAUUCAAUUUAAAACAAUACUAAGAUUCAAUUGAAUGUUACAAUAAAGCAAUAUCUAUUAACCCUAAAGACGAUUAAACAUGGGUUUGCAAGGGUAUUUAUUGUUAAACAUUAAUUUAUAGGUAAUGCAUUAUUCAAUUUAAAACAAUACUAAGAUUCAAUUGAAUGUUACAAUAAAGCAAUAUCUAUUAACCCUAAAGACGAUUAAACAUGGGUUUGCAAGGGUAUUUAUUGUUAAACAUUAAUUUAUAGGUAAUGCAUUAUUCAAUUUAAAACAAUACUAAGAUUCAAUUGAAUGUUACAAUAAAGCAAUAUCUAUUAACCCUAAAGACGAUUAAACAUGGGUUUGCAAGGGUAUUUAUUGUUAAACAUUAAUUUAUAGGUAAUGCAUUAUUCAAUUUAAAACAAUACUAAGAUUCAAUUGAAUGUUACAAUAAAGCAAUAUCUAUUAACCCUAAAGACGAUUAAACAUGGGUUUGCAAGGGUAUUUAUUGUUAAACAUUAAUUUAUAGGUAAUGCAUUAUUCAAUUUAAAACAAUACUAAGAUUCAAUUGAAUGUUACAAUAAAGCAAUAUCUAUUAACCCUAAAGACGAUUAAACAUGGGUUUGCAAGGGUAUUUAUUGUUAAACAUUAAUUUAUAGGUAAUGCAUUAUUCAAUUUAAAACAAUACUAAGAUUCAAUUGAAUGUUACAAUAAAGCAAUAUCUAUUAACCCUAAAGACGAUUAAACAUGGGUUUGCAAGGGUAUUUAUUGUUAAACAUUAAUUUAUAGGUAAUGCAUUAUUCAAUUUAAAACAAUACUAAGAUUCAAUUGAAUGUUACAAUAAAGCAAUAUCUAUUAACCCUAAAGACGAUUAAACAUGGGUUUGCAAGGGUAUUUAUUGUUAAACAUUAAUUUAUAGGUAAUGCAUUAUUCAAUUUAAAUCAAUACUAAGAUUCAAUCGAAUGUUAUAAUGAGGCAAUAUCUAUAAAUUCUUCAGAUGCUAAAAUAUGGUACAACAAGGGUAAUUUAUUGUAAAUAUAUAUAUAUAGGUAAUGCAUUAUGCAAUUUAAAUUAUUACUAAGACUCAAUUGAAUGUUACAAUGAAGCAAUAUCUAUUAACCCUAAAGAUGUUAAUGCAUGGAAUUGCAAGGGUAAUUAAUUGUUAAAUAAUAAUAUUUAGGUCUCGCAUUAUACAAUUUAAAUCAAUAUGAACAAGCAAUUGCAUGUUAUGAUAGAGCAACAUCUAUUGACCCUAAAUUUGAUUGGGCUUUUGAUAAUAAAGGUAAUGAUAUUUGUUAUUAAGGUUUAAUCCUACAAAAAUUAUAGAAACACAUGGAUGCACUCUCAAAUUUUGAACGAGCACUUAAAAUAAAUCCUACUGCUUUUAGAUUAAAAUAUAAAGGUAAAUUUAUCUUUAAUUUAUUUUUAGCUGAUUCAUUAGUUAAAUUACGUAGAAGUUCAGAAGCCAAAUACUUUUAUUUUACUGCAUAGGAAAUGGGUUUGGGUCAGAAUGCUUAAAUAACUUGGUAACUAUCAAAGUUAUGA